AUGAACGAAAUAACUGUGAAGAGCCUGCUCAGAUCUUCGUCCGAAUUCCUGCACCGGGCAACAAACGGCCGCGUGUACAUCAAGCGCGUCACCAUCGACUUCCCGAAUACGUGGCCUCAGAGAAACGUUUCACGACGCGUGUCUUCGAGCUCCUUCGAGAAGAGCGACGUACGCGUCAAGGUUCCUGGGUCACUCGCGGAAAACAGACCUUUCACGAGGCAAACGAGACCCUGCGGUAAGCCCGGAAGCUACAUCCAAUUAACGCCCACAUUCCUCAGCGAGCUCCAUGCGUCAACACUGAAGACGUUCAAAAACCCAGCGUACGUGUUCGUGCAUGAGUGGGCCCAUUACCGGUACGGAGUGUUCGACGAGUACGGCAGCCUGGAUGACAACCAGUACCCGCUUAUCUACUGCGAGGGAAAGGAUGUCAAACUGAAUUCAUGCUCGGAGAAGAUUCGCUACAUCCCAAGAAAGGUCUCUGGAGGAAGGUGUAAAUUUAACCUCAAGACCUGCAAAUUUCCUAAGGACUGCAUUAUUGAGUUUUGGCAGUCGCCGGAGGAUCCCGUCGAAUCGUCAAUCAUGUUCAUGCCCUAUGUCACCAACGUGAGCCAGUUCUGUGAUUCCGACAAUGGAACGCGCCGGCACAACCGUCUUGCUCCUAACAAGCAAAAUGCGAUCUGCAGGGGGAAGUCCACGUGGGAAGUCAUCAGUGAGAAUGAAGACUUCAAGAACCUUCCCAGGCCCGACAUGUCCAAAAGCAUCGAGGUUUCAUUUGAAGAGACGCAACAGAGGGAGCAUCUGCCCCAGCGGGUCGUUCUGGUUCUCGAUGUCUCGACUAGCAUGAACGACUACAAUUGGAUGACGUUCCUGAAAGAAGCGACGACCCGAUACAUCCAGGACAUUGCGGAUGGCUCGAUGCGGCUGGCCAUCAUUACGUUCAGUAACAAUGCGGCGGUCCGUCACACCCUGAUGCCUGUGAACGUAAACACCAGACAGAGCUUCCUGAAUACGGUGAAACAGUUGCGCACCGUCGGGAUGACGUGCAUUGGCUGCGGUCUCCAGCGAGCCCUGGAGUUACUGAGGCCCAAAAAGCUUCCAGGUCGUGCUAAGCAGUAG